AUUUUCUACUUGAGCGAGAAAACGGACCUUUACAUGAAUCCACGUGACACAUGUCACGCCCAGCGUGCAGAAAUAUACAUUUUACUACUAGAAUGAAUGAAAGUAGAUAAAGAGAUGUUUCCCUGAUAAGCACCACCUAUUUUAUCACUUGUUUUUCUUUAGAAUGCUAUGCUGAACUAUUAUAUAAUAGAGGUAUAAACGUAAUGAUUUUUGUGUGCUUUUAACAGCAAACAAACAUACUGAUGUGAUUAAUGUUUCUUCUUUGUGAAACCAGUUGAAAAGCAGUGAACUAACAUGCCGUGACGUUGUCCAACAAUGUUUUGGUUCCUGGCGGUGACGUAAUACACAAAAACAUGGUUCCCUUGUUUUGAACCUGAAAAGCGUGCUAAGUGUUUCUUUAACUUCACUACGCACGAAGAUGCAUUUCCGAAACCGAGUGGCUGGAAAACAUUGAUAAGAGACGAUGGCUCAGGCCGCGGAAACGUGUGCUGAUUCUGGACGCAGGCUGCGCUCCAUCUGCCGGAGGAUGUAUGACGAAAACGAGGAUUUGUCCGAUGUUGAAGAAAUCGUGAACAUCAGAGGUUUCAGUGUGGAAGAAAAGCUUGCCAGUGACAGUUAUAACGCCAAAUAUGUCCACUUAAUGGAGGGUAAAGACUUCUCUUAUGAAUAUGUGCAAAAGGAGGCUCUUAGGACCCCGCUCAUUUUUGAAGAGAAAGAUGGACUAGGGAUCAGAAUGCCUGAUCCAGAAUUUACAGUCAGUGAAAUUAAAGGCUUAGUUGGCAGUCGCCGGUCUGUGGAUGUUAUGGAUGUGAGCACUCAGAAAGGCUCUGAAAUGAGCAUGGCUCAGUUUGUCCGUUAUUAUGAGACACCGGAGGAGGAACGGGACAAACUCUUCAAUGUCAUCAGCUUAGAGUUCAGCCACACUAAGCUGGAGAACCUCAUCAAGCGGCCCACAGUGGUGGAUCAAGUCGACUGGGUAGACAACAUGUGGCCUCCUGAUCUGAAACACAGCCAAACAGAGGCCACUAAUGUAAUCUCAGAUAUGAAGUACCCUAAAGUGCAAAGGUAUUGUCUGAUGAGUGUGAAGGGCUGCUACACAGACUUCCACAUUGAUUUCGGGGGAACUUCUGUUUGGUAUCAUGUAUUCAAGGGACACAAAGUGUUUUGGCUUGUGCCUCCAACCUCUCAUAACCUUGCCCUUUAUGAGGACUGGGUGCUGUCAGGCAAGCAGAGUGAUAUCUUCCUGGGUGACCGGGCUGAUGGAUGCCAGAGAGUGGAGCUUAAGCAAGGAUACACCUUCUUCAUCCCAUCUGGUUGGAUUCAUGCAGUCUACACUCCAGAGGACACGCUGGUGUUCGGAGGCAAUAUUCUGCACAGCUUCAACAUUCCUAUGCAGCUAACCAUCCACGAGAUAGAGAAUAGGACCAAGGUUCAUUCCAAGUUCCGUUUCCCCUUUUACUAUGAGAUAUGCUGGUAUGUCCUGGACAGAUACCUGCACUGCCUCACCAAACGCUCCUACUUUUCCCAGGAGACCCGCAAAGAGCCUGUAAUAAUGGACUAUGAGACAAAGGCGAACACAGAGAGCCCGUCCUCUGACUCGAGGAGCCAGGACAUGAACGAGGACUCAUGUGAGACUCAAGUGAGGGACGGGCAGGGUGAAAAACUAGAGAGAGCUGCCCAGGAAGGCCCCUGCUCUCCUGACAACCGCAGGGGCCAGCACCUCAAAGCUGUGUUAUCUGUCGACUCCGAGGACAGCUGUAAUCCCGGCUCCACCUCUCUGGAGUUCCCCCAAACACCCUCUGACUCUCCAGCCUCGGAGACUCCGAAUAAAUGGACGCAUUUGACAGAGUUUGAACUGAGUGGACUCAGGACGCUGGUUGAGAAGCUGGAGUCGCUCCCUGACAAUAAGAAAUGUGUUCCAGAGGGAAUAGAAAACCCACAGGCUCUGCUGGAAGACAUUAAGAUUGUCUUAAAGGAACAUGCAGAUGACGACCCCAAAUUAGCAAUCAGUGGAGUUCCUGUGGUUUAUUGGCCCAAGAAAAGUAUAAAGCCUCGGCCUCCUAACCGGCCGAAACCUAAGAUGGCAGCUUCUCCUGCAUCAGCAGUCAAGCUGUCAGCCAGUCGGGGAACAUCUGGUGCCAGGAGGAGAAGGACACGCUGUCGGAAAUGCGAGGCAUGCCUGCGGACGGAGUGUGGAGAGUGCCACUUUUGUAAAGACAUGAAGAAGUUUGGGGGGCCGGGCCGCAUGAAACAGUCCUGCAUCAUGAGGCAGUGCAUCGCACCUGUCUUGCCCCACACAGCAGUGUGUCUCGUCUGCGGAGAGGCAGGGAAAGAGGACACAGUGGAGGACGAGGAGGAGAAGUUUAACCUUAUGCUCAUGGAGUGCUCCAUCUGUAAUGAGAUUGUUCAUCCCAACUGUCUUAAGGUAAAAGAUUCAAAUGGAGUCGUCAAUGAUGAGUUGCCAAACUGCUGGGAAUGCCCAAAGUGCAACCACGCUGGGAAAACAGGGAAACAAAAAAGGGGGCCAGGAUUUAAGUAUGCCUCAAACCUUCCUGGCUCGCUACUAAAAGAACCGCGGUUAAACCGGGACUCAAAGGAAGAACCGGACCCUCCGAUGGUGGCUACAGCGACUGUGACUGCGGUGACCACCUCGUCCGCUGUGAAGAGAAAGGCAGAGCGGGAGGAAAUCCCAAAGAGGAAAGAGGAAGAACCUCCAAAGAAACGUCCCCCUUUGCUGUCUCUGGAUGGUACGCCCCGACCGAGGCUCGAGGACAACCCACUGAGGAAAAAGAGGAAACUUUUUGACACCAAUGAUGAACCUAUUAUUGUGAAGAAGAAGAAGAAACUUUCAAAACAGGAUGAUCCUUUGACUCCAAAGCUGUUGCGGCAAAUAAAGACAGAGAAUGAUCACGCUGAUGAAGAAGACGACCAGGAGGAUCACGAAGACGACGGCUUUUCCUCCGACAGGAUUCAUUUAAAGGGGAAAAAUGAGUACGAUGAUGAGGACCAGGAAGAAGAUGAGGACGGAGAGGAAGAGGCGGUGGUGAAAAAAGAGAGAGACAGCAGUGCAGAGGACAAGUCCAAGGUCUUGUUAAGUCCACUGCUGAGAACAUCUGCAGCCAGAGAAAGUGAACAAUCUUCCAACUCUCCCAGAGCUGGACCAAGCAGCGAAUCAGGAGAAGCUCAGGAGAGGAGCUCUGCUCAGCCAAAGCCUCGCCAUCAGCGCCGCCGCCUCCCCAACAAAGAGCUGAGCAAAGAGUUCAACCAGGAGACUCCCAAGACAGAAGACUGUCUGUCCAACCAAAACCACGGCUCAGUGAAGACGGAGGACAGUCCGGCCAAUCACAAUCGACGGCCGCUGAAGAGCGAGGACUCUGUGACCAAUCAGAACCGUAAACCACUAAAAACAGAGGACUCCACCACUAAUCAGAGCCGCAAGGCCGUUAAAAUGGAGGAAGGUUUGGCCAAUCAGAACAGACGUCCGCUGAAAACGGAGGACAGCCUGGCCAAUCAGAACCACAGGCCUGUAAAAACGGAGCCUGAGAACGAAGUCGAAGACCAAAAGCCAAGAUGGCCUCUUAAUAACGGCAGCAGCGACCUGGGCGACUGGCUGCGACACAGAGGGCGGGAGGCGAACGAGACGUCACGUGGUUACUCCCCACUCGGCUGGAACCGAAGCACGCAGAUCACACCGAUCUGUCCACGCCCCCUCCCCUGCAGGUCACCGCCAAAAUGCAUCCAAAUGGAGCGCCAUGUGAUCCGGCCCCCUCCUAUCAGCCCGCCGCCUGACAGACUCCCACUGAAUGACGGCGAGGCACACGUGAUGCGGAGAGAGAUGUGGAUGACAGUCUUCAGCCACUUGACUCACAGAGAUCUUUGUGUCUGCAUGCGUGUGUGCAGGACCUGGAACAGAUGGUGCUGCGACAAGAGGCUUUGGAAGCACAUCAAUCUAAACCGUUGUAAGUCCAUCACACCUCUCAUGUUGAGCGGUAUCAUCCGGAGACAGCCGGUAGCUCUGGACCUCAGCUGGACCAACAUCUCCAAGAAGCAGCUCAGCUGGCUCAUCAACAGACUGCCAGGUUUGCGUGUGCUGCUGUUGUCAGGGUGCUCCUGGGUGGCGGUCUCUGCUCUUUGCACCUCCAGCUGUCCUCUUCUGCGAACUCUGGACGUUCAGUGGGUCGAGGGACUGAAAGACGCCCAGAUGAGAGACCUGCUGUCACCUCCUACAGAUAACAGGCCAGGUCAGUUGGACAACAGGAGUAAGCUGCGUAAUGUGGAAGACCUGCGCCUGGCAGGCUUGGACAUCACGGAUACGUCUCUGCGCCUCAUCAUACGUUACAUGCCCUCGCUGUCCAAGCUGGACCUUAGCUACUGUAACCACGUCACCGACCAGUCCGUCAACAUCCUGACUGCUGCAGGGACGACCACCAGAGACUCGCUCACUGACAUCAACCUGUCAGUGUGUAACAGGGUCACCGACCAGUCGCUGACAUAUUUCAAGCGCUGUGGAAGCAUAUGUCACAUCGACCUGCGAUACUGCAAACAGGUGACCAAGGAAGGAUGCGACCAGUUCAUCGCAGAGAUGUCCGUCAGCGUGCAGUUCGAACUGAUAGAAGAGAAACUGCUGCAGAAGAUCAGUUAGGAACAGACUGUGUGACAUUCACAAGUAAAACUACUGUCCACAUGGAGGCAGCAGACGCCUGCGAGCAGAGCGUCGCUGCGUUUCAUCUGCAGACACGCAGCUGCGUCUGUCUCUGUAAAACUCAUGUAAAGGGAAGCUGUGCUGCUAGGCCAGAAUGUAAAAAAGGAAAUCUUGUCCUGUGAAGGCAAUAUUGCAAAAAUGUUUUUGUUGUUGUUUGCACCUGUUUAUAAGUUAUUUAUUUCUUUAUAUUGAUUGUUUAUGUAUUGUAUCAUGACUAUCUUUUGGUGUUUAUAGAUUAUUUUUUGUUCCAAUGCAAAAGUUUAUUGCAUUAGAGUAAUAUUUUUGUAUCAGAAAGUGUUUCAUACAUUUAUGUGCAGUAUUGAUUGCACCACUGUACAGUAUCAUACCAUUGGAAUUGAUAAUCAAUCGGCAUUACUGUUAAGCUCUUUAUUGUUGAGAGGCAAAGGUCUAAUGAUUUGUUGCCAAACUAGGAUGGUAGCUUGUGUUUGUGUGGGUGUUUUUUUUUUUAUAUCUUAUUGUGUGACAGUGCCCCGUUUCUGAUCGGACAAACGUACUGUACAUUUUGUUUUCCAUAUAACGAUACCAUUUGCACUGAUCAAGUAAAUAUGAAUACAUAAAUGUAUUCACACAUACACGAUACAGUGUAUGAAGCAUAUUUUUUCAACACUAAAAUGUUCCGCUAGUUCUACUAACAGCUUCUAGUUAACUGGGAUAUAUUAAGACACAGCUGCAUACAAACGUCUCUGCCAGUCUCCAUCACUCUUUAGUAUUAUUGGUGCUUUAGCUCUGCAUGCAGCAAAGAAAUAUGUUUACACCACAGUCAAUAGAUUUAGUAACUGUGAAACAAUAUAACCAUAUGUUUACUCCUGUCAUUAGCUGAACUCCAUAUGAUUAAAAUAAAGAGACAGUGCUGAAUCAUGAAAGAAAUAAAAAGUCAACAAAGUCCGGGAAUAGGAUGUUACACUUGCACAAAUCUUUAAGAUAAGAAUGUUUUCUCCCGUUUGAGAAAAGUGAGACAUAACUCGAAACAGGCCAAAAGGCUAAAAUUAUUUUAUACUGUACAUUUCAAAAAGUGCUUAUUUUGUGAGCAGCAUGAUCUCUUUCCAAGAACAGAGAUGAAUAUAUAUGUUAUUUAAAAGAUAAAAAGCCAAUAUCAAUAAAUCUAUGUUAAUCUUCAGACAUCAGCCUCUCACCACGAGGUUAAGAAACUCCUAAAAUAUAUUAAGUAUGAAAAGAAAGAAAGACACAAAAUUCGGUCUGAUUGAAAUUUUGGUACAGACAUAGUUUGGGAAAUUAUUCAACAUAAUUUUCGAAAAAUUAGGGGAAAUAGUUAACAUGCUCAUUACAUUUUUUCCCAAUUAAAUAUUUUUUUGCACCGCAAAUGAUUGAUAUUGUAACACACGAGACUACUGUUUUUUUCUAAAUUAUAAUGGAGUCUGUUGUAAAAGCAGUAGUCCCUUGUGCUUGAAGACUAGAUAUAGUUUGAUAAGAAAAACUUGCUUUUCAGGUUUGACCAAUUUUUCCCCCCUCUCAUUUGUGCUUAGGUAAGAGAACACUUCCACCGAAAGUAAUAGAACAUUUCAGUUGUGGGCACUAAUUUGUUAAUUGUGUGAGGCUCUUUAUGUACAUGUCAUUUAGUUUCUUCCAUUUAAAGAAGCUGCAAAAAACAAAACAAAACAAAAAAACAAUUCCUUGAAGAUUUGUGCAAAUGUUUGUUCUUUUUUCUUCAUCAGAGAUUCCACUGAGAUAGACAUUUAUUAACACAUUAAAAAUUCUUUUAUUUUUUUUAUUUUUUUGUGUUUUAAAUGUCUGAAGAUAAAGUACUUUGCAACCUGUGGCAUCAGUCAGUAGCAUUUUCAGUUUUGGUCAUACACAUGUAUUCAUCAUCUUAUUUAAAGUUAUUUUAAAUUGCUAAUUUUGCUAUUGGAACUUGUUUAAAAGUUAAAAAGUCGUUUAAAGACAGUUAAAUGAUUUGAUAGGUGAACUUUUAUAUAGUCUUUGUGCAACGUUUGAGUAGCACAUGAUACACUUCAGUUGAUGGGUUUACAUUUUCAUUUCAUUUGUUGUUUUUGUAUUCAACUACCAUGUCUUCAUAUAAUAUUUUAGUACAUGACUGUAAAUGUUCAAUCUGUACAUAAUGUACAUGUAAAGCCUCUAGGAAAAGUUAAGUCAAACUUUGAGAUAUUAAACUCAUUUUAAAUACUGA